UCAAAAUCUAUAGAAACGAACAGACUGCCCACCUUAGAGUACUUCCAUAUCACCACCACAACCAGCUUCAUAUCACCCUCAUGGCCUCAUCUAACUCAGACCAAGACCCCAAAACUUUAAAAUUACUUCUCUUUCCCUCUAAUACUCUUUCCUGGGCCAAUUUUGAAUGAAGGAAUAUGAAGUAAUUAGCAGUGGCUUCUAUUAGACACAAGCAAUUUGCACCUGAGAAAGACAAGUCUCCCUACACCAAAUGCCAAGACAAUUUCUUCGAAGACAAACCCAUUUCACCAAACCACUCAAUUAAUUAAAAACAGAAACAAACUUAACCUAAUGCACCAAAUUCACAAAGCUCUCUUUAAGCUAGCUUUCAUGUUUGUUGCUGCUCUUAUAUUUCAUCUUCUUUCUUUCUCUCCCUCAGUUCAUUUCAAUCAUUUCCAACUCUCUUUCUUGUUCUUCUUCCCCCCUCUCUCUCUCUGAUUCAUGCAGAUACCUCGCAGAAAAACACCCUUCUCUUCUUCACCUGAAGCUUUCGCAAUUAUGAAGAGCCGCAAGAACAAUAAUCUACCAAUCUUCGUCGUCGUCUUCUCGAUUUUUCUGUUUGGGAUUUUCAUGUACAAUGAGGACGUCAAAUCCAUCGCAGAAUUCCCAUUCUCUUCAAGCCCAAAAGCGCAAGAACUCCGAGAAGAGCAAGAAACGAAACAGAGUUCCUCUGUUUCGAAACAGAGCGACUCUGUUUCCGAAAUCCCGAACAGGGUUUCUCUAAGCGCCACUUCAAGAACCCAAUUGGAGGAAACCCAGUUGGAGAAUCCGGUUUCUGAAGAGACCCAAGAACCUGUGGAGCUGAAAACGAUCAUGGAAGAGAAAGACGAAGACCUGGACAAGAAGAUUGAGGUGAAUGAAGAAGAUGAUAUGGAAGAGAUUGAAUUGCCUCCUGAAGAUUGUGACUUGUUUAAUGGGGACUGGGUUUUCGAUCCUGUGACUCAUCCUUUGUAUAAAGAAGACGAAUGUGAGUUCUUGACGGCCCAAGUGACUUGUAUGAGGAAUGGAAGAAAGGACUCUCUGUAUCAACAUUGGAGAUGGCAGCCCAGAGAUUGUAAUCUUCCAAAGUUCAAUGCAAGAUUGUUGCUAGAGAAACUAAGAAACAAGAGGCUCAUGUUUGUGGGGGAUUCAUUGAAUAGAAACCAGUGGGAAUCAAUGAUUUGUUUUGCGCAGUCUGUAAUUCCUCCUGGGAGAAAGACCUUGGUGAAGAAUGGAUCCCUCUCUGUUUUCAGAAUUGAGGAUUAUAAUGCUACGGUGGAGUUCUACUGGGCACCAUUUCUGGUGGAGUCAAAUUCAGAUGAUCCAUUGAUGCACAGCAUACAAAACCGUAUAAUCAUGCCCAAAUCGAUUAAGAAGCAUGGUAAAAAUUGGAUAGGUGUGGACUACCUCAUUUUCAACACAUACAUAUGGUGGAUGAACACUUUCAACAUGAAAGUUCUACGAGGAUCGUUCGAUCAAGGAGCAACGGAGUACGAUGAGAUCGACCGGCCGUUGGCUUACCGGAAAGUUAUGACAACAUGGGCGAAAUGGGUGGACAAAAAUAUUGACCCCAAUCGUACCACUGUCUUCUUCACCAGCAUGUCUCCUCUCCACAUCAAGAGCUUGGAUUGGGACAACCCAGAUGGCAUAAAAUGUGCCAAAGAGACCACUCCAAUCCUGAACAGAACGACACCGUUGGAAGUGGGCACAGACAGAAGGCUCUUUGUGAUUUCAAGCGACUUAGUGAAAGCAAUGAAAGUGCCUGUAUACUUUCUCAACAUUACUACUCUAUCCGAGUUUCGUAAAGAUGCACAUACCUCGGUCCAUACCAUCAGGCAAGGCAAGAUGUUGACGCCGGAGCAGCAAGCUGACCCGGAGAAUUACGCCGAUUGCAUCCACUGGUGCCUCCCCGGGUUGCCGGACACAUGGAACGAGUUUCUUUACACGCGUAUCAUCUCGCGGUCUUGACACAUAGUAGAUCAUCAUACAAGUCUUGUUGUAUAAUUUUUGUUUUAAUUUUUUGGGGUUCCAUAAUCACUACCUCAUCUCAUGUAAUUUCUGUUCA